ACAUGCUCUCACCUGUCACCAGCCCUAUACAACAACGCUACGCCACACUGAGCCGGGUUAUAGCUACCCCGCGACACCGUGUCCGUUUUGCUUACAGGCACAAAGCUAGCGACCAAGUCCGCGCGAGCCUGCCACGGUGCAAUUGAGGCUAGUCACGUGCUGCUUGCCUGCUUGCGCAUUCGCUUCUUCCGAUGGCGGGUGGAGCGUUCGCCGUGGGCGACGGCGCCCCGUCCGUCCACUACGGCGGCGGCAUCACCUUCUCCGUCGUGGUCACCUGCCUCAUGGCCGCCUCCGGUGGCCUCAUCUUCGGCUACGACAUCGGCAUCUCAGGCGGCGUGACGGCGAUGGAGUCGUUCCUGGAGGAAUUCUUCCCGGGCGUGCUCCGGCGGAUGGCGGCCGCGCGGCGGGACCAGUACUGCGUCUACAACAGCCACGUGCUCACGGCGUUCACCUCGUGCCUGUACCUGGCGGGGCUGGUCGCGUCGCUCGCGGCCGGCCGCGUCACCAGGGCGGUCGGGAGGCAGGCCGUCAUGCUCGCCGGCGGCGCCUUCUUCUUGGCCGGCGCCGCCAUGAACGCGGCCGCGGUGAACAUCGCCAUGCUCAUCGUCGGCCGCAUGCUGCUCGGCUUCGGCAUCGGCUUCACCAACCAGGCGGCGCCGGUGUACCUGGCGGAGACGGCGCCGGCCAAGUGGAGGGGCGCGUUCACGACGGGGUUCCAGCUCUUCCUCGGCAUCGGCAACCUCGCGGCGAACCUGACAAACUACGGCGCGGCGCGCAUCCCGCGGUGGGGCUGGCGGCUCUCCCUGGGCCUGGCAGCGGUCCCGGCGUGCGUCAUCCUCGUGGGCGCGCUGCUCAUCCCGGACACGCCCAGCAGCCUCAUCGUGCGCGGGCACGUCGAGCAGGCGCGCGCCGCGCUCCGGCGCGUCCGCGGGCCCAAGUCCGACGUGGACGCCGAGCUGGAGGACGUGGCGCGCGCCGUGGACGCGGCGCGCGUCCACGAGCAGGGCGCGUUCCGGAGGAUCCUGAGGAGGGAACACCGCCCGCACCUGGUGAUGGCCGUGGCCGUGCCGCUGUUCCAGCAGCUCACGGGAGUCAUCGUCAUCGCCUUCUUCUCCCCCGUGCUGUUCCAGACGGCCGGGUUCGGCAGCAACGCCGCGCUCAUGGGCGCAGUCAUACUCGGCGCCGUCAACCUCGGCUCCGCCCUCGUGUCCGUCGCCACGGUCGACCGCUACGGCCGCAGGCCGCUCUUCUUGGCCGGUGGACUUGUCAUGAUCAUGUGCCAGGUUGCGGUUGCUUGGAUCAUGGGAUCGCAGAUCGGCCGUGACGGCGAGUCCACAAUGGCGAGGAAGUACUCGGUCGCAGUGCUGGCGCUGACGUGCGUGUUCUCGGCGUCGUUCGGGUGGUCGUGGGGGCCUCUGACGUGGGUGAUCCCCGGCGAGAUAUUCCCGGUGGAGGUCCGGUCGGCGGGGCAGGGCAUCAGCGUGGCCGUCAACCUCGGGGCCACCUUCGUGCUCACGCAGACGUUCCUCUCCAUGCUCUGCAGCUUCAAGUACGCCGCCUUCAUCUACUACGCCGCCUGGGUCGCCGUCAUGACCGCCUUCGUAGUGGCAUUCCUGCCGGAGACCAAGGGGGUGCCCCUCGAGGCCAUGGGGGCCGUCUGGGCGCGCCACUGGUACUGGGGCCGCUUCGUGCAGGUGCAGCAGCAGCCCAAGAAUUAACGACGAGGCGCUCAUCAGCUGACGACGUCUUUGCCGCGUGCCGCGUGGUGUGUGUCUCUUUUGAUUCGUUUUCCGUACCAGUGUUGUUGUCUGUAACACAUGCGAGUAUUGAGAAGUUGACCAAUAUUGUUUGUUGGAACAUUGUUUUGCGGUGUUUUAUGUACGGAGUACGUUAUUCCAGAUUGAUAACAGUCUAUUGGAUUCUCUAUCAA